UCGUCCCUAUUCAUUUGUGUCUGUGUGAGUGUGCCUUCACACAUAUAGAAAUAUAUGCCCAUUGAGUGCCUUAUAUCUUUCGAUAACAAUACUCAAGGUGUCUAUUAUGCUGGCCAGGAAUUAUCUGGUGUUGUUGAUCUCACUGUUGAUACAACAAAACGUAUUAAAGCCAUACACAUCACGGUCAACGGUUAUGCCAAGAUACGCUGGAUAAAGAAGGGCUAUCCACGUGACAGUGAACGGGCCAUGUGCCGGGCAUAUCGUUCGUAUUUGUCAUCACGUUCGUAUGUUCUGGGCUCAUGUGGUAGCAAUUCAUGCCUGGACUGGACAGCUGGUGAAUAUUCAUAUACAUUUCAUGUUAUACUGCCGGAAAAUUUACCAACCUCGUUCGAUGGCAAAUACGGACAAAUCCAUUAUGAAAUUAUAACGACGAUAGAUAGACCAGGAAGAUAUCCCAAAGUAUUCAAAUUGCCUUUUACGGUGAUACAUCCAGUAGAUUUAAAUAGUGAUGCCAUAUAUAGGGUACCCCUAGAAAUAUUAGAUCGUAAACGUUUUUGGAGUUUUUGCUGCCCAACCGGACCACUUACUGUUAAAUUUUCCACACCCUAUUGCGGCUAUGCUCCCGGUCAGAAAAUCCACUUCGUUUUGUACAUUAACAAUGAAUCGUCCAUUGACAUCACCCACUGCGAUGUGAAACUGAAACAAGAGGUGACCUAUGAGACCCAUGAUCCGCAACAUGAAUACCGUUAUGACAAGCAUUUGAUAGCGUCCAAACAAUUCGGCAACGUCUUGAGAUGGAGUCGUAAAGUCUAUCGUGGCUACCUAGAACUGCCAUCUAUACCGCCCACAUCGGCCAAAUUGUCAUGUCCGAUCACGGUAAACUAUGCCAUGAAAAUUAUCAUAAAGCCAACCGAAUUUCAUUGGAAAAUGAAAUUGAAAAUUCCUCUGACAAUUGGCAGUGUACCGAUAAUGGAUAACGGAAAUAGUGCGGCGUUAUUACAGGCCAAUAAUAAUAGCAUUAUGCGGGCCGAAUCGAGAGAUGAGCCGCCGGUUACAAUGUUGCCUAAUACGGAGGUGGAUGAUGAUGUCAAUGAUAAUGACAAUUCAACGCCAACAAUAAUGGUUACCGAUACCGAUAAUCCUCCAGAUUAUAUACCAAUGAUGCCACCAUCCUACGAAGAUGCCAUGGCCUUGAGUGAGAAAUUCUUUGAUGAUCUGGCCUAUAUGGAAAAUGUUAGCGUUUCCAGUGUGGUAACCAACAACAAAAAUGAGAACUUUAAACCGCGAUAUCCCGUCUAUUAUUAUUACGAGACACCCAUAAUACCACCCGAAACCCUUUAUGAUGCCAUACCAUCACGUUACCAUCCAAUGGUGCUAGCAACGCCUAUGUCGGACAUGUCAUCAUCUCCGCUAGAAUUGAGUCAUGUCAAGGCAUUUGGGAAAUUCCAAAUAUUGCGUUACAUUAAGAAAUAGUUGGUGAUGUUACCAUCCCGUAUCAUCGACCCCCUCC